GCGCUCACGUGACACCACACGGAAGUGACGCGCCUAGCUCAAAAGAGUUCAGCAUCUGUUGGCAGCAACAUUAGCUGCUUUAUUGGGUUUUUAUGCGAGAAGACGAAAACAGCGAACUGACGGACGGGCGAAGCGGUUGAUACAUCUGUAAGCAGCCAUAAUGAAUCCGGUUUACAGCCCUGCACCAACAGGGGUCCCUUUUACUAAUUCUAAAGGCAUAGGCUACCCAGCUGGAUUUCCUGUUGGCUAUGCAGCAGCACCUGGAUACAGUCCCAGCAUUUACCCAGGGGCUAACCCAGCCUUCCCCAGUGGUUAUGCUCCAGGCACUCCUUUCAAAAUGUCCUGCUCACCAAACACAGGUAGCAUACCACCAUAUUCCUCCUCGCCAAACCCUUACCCUACAGCUGUGUAUCCUGUCAGGAGCACCUACCCCCAACAGAACCCCUAUGCACAGGCACUUAUACCCUCACCACAACAAGGCACGUAUUACACACAGCCUCUGUAUGCUGCACCGCCUCAUGUUAUCCAUCACACGACAGUGGUCCAGCCAAAUGGGAUGCCUGCAGCCAUGUAUGCCCCACCCAUCCCACCUCCACGCCCCAAUGGUGUUGCCAUGGGAAUGGUGGCCGGCACCACCAUGGCCAUGUCUGCUGGUGCGUUGUUAACAACUCCUUCACCGACACCAGUUGCCCCACACCCGGUCACAGUGCCCACAUAUCGGGCCCCUGGUACACCGGGCUACAGCUAUGUGCCCCCACAGUGGUGAAGAAAGGGCAUGGUCAGAAGAUGGUAGUUAUGCAUUCACACUCUACUCCAGUGUUUCUCGCUAUUGGUGAUGACCUGCCCUGCUGGUGUCUGCAACCAGUUCUACUUCCAGCAAAAUGUGAAUUUGAUUCUCAACUACAUAGACAGAGGCCCAUUGAUAGUAAGGGGGUGCAGAAUAGGCCCACCCUCAUCCCUCAUGACCCUCUUAUUAAUGACAUAAGGCUGCACUUACCUGUCACCCCAGCGCCAGCAUCUCUGCAAACUACUGCAUAUCUCACAUCAAAUGUCUAAAGCCUCCAUGCACACUUUUUUGUGGACUGUCAUGCAGAUUUUUAUAUCUUCUAUUCUUUACAUGGUGAAAAGGGAGCUUGGAUUUGUUUUUCAGUUGUAUUUUUUUGGUUGUUUUGUUUUUGGAGGUAACAUGAUGAAUUUGAGUGAGUGUGUGUGUGUGUGUAUAGAUAUGAAGUCAUGCUAGCUCAAUCUACCUGCUGUGACAUGCAAAACCAACAAAAUGCACACAUCCAAAGGAAACAAAAUAAUCAGCAGUGACUAUGUCCUAAAUGUGAAAAAAAGAUUCAGUGUUUGUUCAUGCAAAAAAUGUAACUCUGCAACAAAGCGCAGACUAACUUGUACUAUUUUCACUGCUUUGUGUUUGGAUAAGUGAUGCUACAAGGUUUUUAUCAUUUCUCUGUGAUGCUGUGCAUUUUGUCUUAAUAUUUUUUGGGAAAAGAUAGGAUUUUUGUGCCUCUGACAGCCAUUCCAACACUUAAUCAUUCUGAGCUCUCCCCAGCUUUUCCAAAGGCUUGAAACCGGUUUCAGUCCUGUAUUGAAACACCUGGAGCUGAUAGAAAUUGAACAGAGUACUUAUUGUAGCCAGAAAUGUUUCCAGUGGGAGAAAAGCAGCAGAAGAUGGUGGAAAUGAUUUUUCGCCUGUUGGAUGAAAUUGAGCAAAGUAUGUGUGUGAGUGAGUGAGAAAGGAGAGGAAAAUAAAAACCAUUAAAAAAUGGUGUGCCAUAAGUGGAACAUACGCCUACAGUGUUUGACCAACAUAUCCCAGUUUGUUCUUCCCGAGUAGAUCUGAAGCACUACAUCAUGAAUUCACUGCUGAUGUUUGACUUAAGAAAAGUAAAUGUGUGAAUAGCACUACUGAAAGAAAGCACUAAUUCAACAGAUACCUUUUUGACAUCGCUCGCUGUUUUACCUCAAAGUUCCAGGCUAACGUGACUAUAUCGCUGUCUCAGACUAGCUUUUUCAAUGUUGCCUCAGUUAAACAAUCUGUUUUGUAAAUGUUACUUUUGUGAUUUUUGGUUCUUGUUUUGUAUUCUAAAGAAAAACAAAAUAAAAAUGCAUAACAAUCAU